AUGCAGGGGACCCGACUGGCACUGCUGGCACUGACUCUGGCCGCCUGCAGGGAGCUUGUGAUGGCCUUACAGUGCUUCACCUGUCAGGAGCCCAUGCCUGUGUCCAGCUGUGUCACCAUCUCCACUUGCCAUACCAACGAAACCAUGUGCAAGACCACACUCUACUCCCUGGAGAUCGUGUUCCCCUUCCUGGGGGACUCCACGGUGACCAAGUCCUGUGCCAGCAAGUGUGAGCCCUCAGACGUGGACGGCAUCGGUCAAACCCGGCCAGUGUCUUGCUGUAACUCUGAGUUGUGCAAUGUGGAUGGGGCACCUGCCCUGGGUAACCUGGCUCUCACCCUCGCACUUACCCCUUUCUUGGGCCUCCUGCUCUAG